GAGCCGCGAACGACGGGGUCGGCCAUUUUGUGUCUGUUUCCUGUGGGACGCGGUGGUAGCCGUUGGGCCGGGAAACCGAGCGCUUAUUUUAUUUAUUAUUAUUUUUUUAAAACUUUGCUUUUUCUACCUCUUGACUUUUCCUUCCCUAAUUUGUCGGUAGAGAGCGAAGAGGAGAAUGGGUCGCAAGAAGAAGAAGCAGCUGAAGCCGUGGUGCUGGUAUUGUAACAGAGAUUUUGAUGAUGAGAAGAUCUUGAUACAGCAUCAAAAAGCAAAGCAUUUUAAAUGCCACAUAUGUCAUAAGAAGUUGUAUACUGGACCUGGCUUAGCUAUUCAUUGCAUGCAGGUACAUAAAGAAACAAUAGAUGCUGUACCAAAUGCAAUUCCUGGAAGAACAGACAUAGAGUUGGAAAUAUAUGGCAUGGAAGGUAUUCCAGAAAAGGAUAUGGAUGAAAGACGACGACUUCUUGAACAGAAAACACAAGCAGAGAGUCAGAAAAAGAAGCAACAAGAUGAUUCUGAUGAAUAUGAUGAUGAUGAUUCUGCAGCCUCAACGUCAUUUCAACCACAGCCUGUUCAACCUCAGCAAGGUUAUAUUCCACCGAUGGCGCAGCCAGGACUGCCACCAGUUCCGGGAGCACCAGGAAUGCCUCCAGGCAUACCUCCAUUAAUGCCAGGAGUUCCUCCACUGAUGCCAGGAAUGCCACCUGUUAUGCCAGGAAUGCCCCCUGGAUUGCAUCAUCAGAGAAAAUAUACCCAGUCAUUUUGCGGUGAAAACAUAAUGAUGCCAAUGGGUGGAAUGAUGCCACCUGGACCAGGAAUACCACCUCUGAUGCCUGGUAUGCCACCAGGUAUGCCUCCCCCUGUCCCACGUCCUGGAAUUCCUCCAAUGACGCAAGCACAGGCUGUUUCAGCACCAGGUAUUCUAAAUAGACCACCUGCACCAACAGCAACAGUCCCUGCACCACAGCCUCCAGUAACCAAGCCUCUUUUCCCCAGUGCUGGACAGAUGGGGACACCUGUAACAAGCUCCAGUACAGCUUCAUCCAAUUCAGAAAGUCUGUCUGCAUCUUCUAAAGCUCUGUUUCCUAGCACAGCACAAGCUCAGGCAGCGGUUCAAGGACCUGUUGGUACAGAUUUCAAGCCCUUAAAUAGUACCCCUGCAACAACUACAGAACCCCCAAAGCCUACAUUCCCUGCUUACACACAGUCAACAGCUUCAACCACUAGUACAACAAACAGUACUGCAGCUAAACCAGCGGCUUCAAUAACAAGUAAGCCAGCUACGCUAACAACAACCAGUGCAACCAGUAAGUUGAUCCAUCCAGAUGAGGAUAUAUCACUGGAAGAGAGAAGGGCACAGUUACCUAAAUAUCAACGUAAUCUUCCUCGACCAGGCCAGGCUCCCAUUGGUAAUCCGCCUGUUGGGCCCAUUGGAGGUAUGAUGCCACCACAGCCAGGCAUCCCCCAGCAACAAGGAAUGAGACCCCCGAUGCCACCUCAUGGUCAGUAUGGUGGUCAUCAUCAAGGCAUGCCAGGCUACCUUCCUGGUGCUAUGCCACCAUAUGGGCAAGGACCGCCAAUGGUGCCCCCUUAUCAAGGUGGACCUCCGCGACCUCCUAUGGGAAUGAGACCUCCUGUAAUGUCUCAAGAUUUCAGUGCUGCAUGGACCUCAGAAGCCUUUCGGCCCUGCCAUAGGACAGGCUGAGGCUGAGUCUCAGUGUUGCCCUGUUCAGUCUGAGCAGCAGAAUUUCAGCAUUUGCUACUUACUGGUAGAGAAGAAAAAUCCCACAGCCCUGCCAGUACAGGUUAGUUUAAUCUGUAAGUACCUGAUGUUCCUAUUUUUUUUUUUAAACAAACAUAUCCAUAAAACCCACACAAGGAAGAAAAGCUUUGCAGUUACUUGAAUGGGAGUGUGAUAGAUGCACUUGGGCCAAAGCAAGUCUAGGUUUGCUAACCUUAGGUGUAAUAAAGGUUUAGUACUGUUCCUUUAUUAUCUGGUCAUGACUGAACCUAGGUAAAUUUGUUGUGCGUUAAAGGAAAAGACAAAGUUUUGAUUACCUGUGCCCAUAUUUGUACAUAAUGCAAAGUUUAGGACUUUGAUCAAGAGUCUGAGACCAUUCAUAGUGGUUCUCACAUUCACCUUUUUACUUUUUAGAAUGAACCAACCUAAGGGGGAAAGGCAUUUCCUCGCCUAACAAUAAAUAGAAAAUGCUUUCACAGUGUUUAUUCAUACAUGUUUUUGUUAGCACAAGUGAAAAAGGUACUCAUUUUUGUUUGUCACUUUUGUAGCUGUAACUUUUACCUAAAUACUCAAUUGACAUCUUGCUAUACACGUCAAGAAAUCUAGCUGAAUUCUGUAAUCCUUUUUAGGGACAGUGAGAAUGUAACAGGUUGGGAAAUAUUUUAUCACUUUUAUUUUCCUGAGUAUUAAUUGUCUGAAGCAUCCGUGAGCAAUUUCCUUUACCCUUAAAUACUGUGUUUUUAUGUUGACAUAAACUUGCAGCACAGAGGAACAAGGAAUAAAGCACACAGCUUAAUAUCCACCACCCAGAGCUAUGCUUCCACUCUAGCAAUUAUGCUAGGAUGUGGCUUCCUCUGCACCCAAGUGUGAUCUUGUCUAGUUGUAAAAGUAGUUCAUCUGUUAUGAUGGAUGGUAAGUAGCCUUACCAAGAAUAACUCCUCUAUAUCUUAAAUGAAGUCAUUAAAUUUAACAUAGGCUAUAUUCAACAGGUAAUUAAAAUAUUUGAUAAGAUCCAUUUGUGUUUUUAAUAAAUUACCAAGAGAAUAAGUUUCAUUGCCUUUCGCAGUUUAUUGUAUGUAUGAAAUGGCAUUGAUAUUCAGUGGAAAUGGUUUUCCUUAAAACCAUCUCUUAAAAAGCUGCCUCUCUGGUGAGUACUUUUUUUAUAUUUUUAUAUUUCAAUUUCAUCUUACAUUGAGCCAAAACAGCACACCUUAUUUAAAAGUAAACUAGCUGAGUGUCUACAUUUGUGGAAUCAGGAAUAUUAAAUAAAGAUGACUACCAUUUCAUUGUUUGGCAUUUUCUCGCUAACCCUGAGUUGCUUUUUCCCUACACUAAACACAAAUAAAAGUGCUUUGACUAAUUGUUCCCUUUUGGUGAGAUUGGUUAUCUAGCUUUUUAGAGCCUAUUACAACUUAAUACUUUCUUUUAUGCUUACAAAAUGUAUUUUUCUCAAUGUUUCUGGUUCCCAACUUAUAUAGGUCUUAAAAAAAUCAAACAUCAGGACUUCUUUUCGUUCUUGGCAUACAGUUUGUUGCAUUGUUUGAGCAACAGUUAAGUGGGAUUGGGAUGAAAAGAGGACUUACUAUGAUUGGUCUAGCAAACCAGCGUUUUCCAGCUGCAUUGUUUCUGAAUUUCAUUUAGCCCUUCUAAAAACUUGGCAUAGAAAUAUUGAUUUUUCAAAGUAGAUGUAAAGGUGAAAAUUAGUAUGACUUAUAAUACAUUUAUCACCACCGCCACCACCCUUUUCGCUAUACUGUGGUUUUUUUUUUUUCCCCCAUUUAAGUUUUUAGCCAGAUCUUAAAUAAAUUCAGUAGUUGUAUCUUAAAGCUAUUUUUAUACUGUGCUUUCUGGUAAGAUUUUUGUGAACCAGCAGUACUCAACUCUGAUUGAUUCUAAAAUGUAUGGAUGUGCUACAGUAAUGCCCUCCUGUAGUAAAUUUUUAAGAAACUGUUGGUUCCUAUCCGGAUAACCCAGACAGUGACAGAUGGUAAGUAUGUAAGUUUAAAUGUAUGUAGUAGUGGUGAGACUGAGUUGCCAACAUUCCAUACUUUAAGAUAGUAUUUAAAAGUGAGCAAGAAUUCUUGAUAUCUCCGUUGUAUGCAUGUCUGAUAUUGUUAUACGUUUUCAUGCAUAAUUAGUAGUUGAGUGUUUUACUGUUUUCUAUGAUACUUAAUUUAUACUCUAAGGUUUUUUCAGCUUAUAAUUAAAAGGCUGUUAAAAAAUCCAAUGCUUUUAAAAUCCAGUGCUAUAUGUUCACUUGAAGUCUUCCAUCACUUUCCACCUGUAAUUGAAACUGACAGUAGGCAGCAAAUUAGAUGGAGGGGUGUCUGCUGCUUCUGGAAUGCUGCAGCAAGCAUAUGGACAGUGGAAAGAUGUGAAACUGAAACUUGUUUUCUGUUAAAGCAGGUUUUUUUUUUUUUUAUUAAUGGAGAAGCAGUGAUGGAACUUGGGAGCCUUGCCCCAUCCUGCCAUAAUAAUGAGAGAAUAAAUUAAAUUUUCAAACUGAUGACUGGUGCUGCUAUAACAAGAAGGGUUGUUUGUUUCUGGAAACAGAUGUAUUUGUUAGCAUGUUGUAUCAUUGCUCCUGCUGAGGAGGGAUAUGCUUGGCGUGAUGGGAAGGGCCUCAGUGGAACUGCUUGGGGAAGAUGAGAUCAUUGUACAGCAUUAGAUGUCACACCUCAGGACGCCAGCCCACUGCAGGUUACAAUAAAUGCUAAGUUUUGCUCACCAAUGAUAGUGUAGUCUUUAUAUUAGGAUUAAAUUGGUAACAUCAGUGAUAUUAGUGCAUCUUGCCAUGUUGAUGGGUUUAAUUGACCAAGUUGCUGGAAACUAGUGCAGAACAAAAGCGGGGAAACAUUUAUAAUUGCAUAUUUAGUUUCUGUCUUUGGUUAGGAUUUGGGAAGAUAGGUCAUGAGCAAACUGGAACUCACAAAGAAUGGUGAAAUUUGUUUCAUUGGUUGUGGGUCAGUGGAGGGUGUGUACAGGGAGUCACAAAUUCUGUUUCAAAUAGUUGCUGUUUUCCAAUCAGUCUCUCACUUCAGUUACACAUUGAAGCUUUUUGCUUCACAAAUUAUUAAAAUCACUUGUUAGGAGGGGAUGGAUUGCUAUUGUCAUGUGUGCCGGAGUGGCUGCUUAAAAAGAUGAAUAAAUAUUACUUACAACACUUGUCUGAGUGAGCCCUCUUUUUUGUGUCUGGAAUAGUUGAGCUGAUUUACAACUUCAUCCAUCCUUGGUAAAUUUGUUGAGUCCAGGAGUUAAAACUUGAAACCGACCACAGCGUGUCUACACGGAGGUUGAUUUUGGAAUAGGGCAUGGUGAGAUAGUAUUGGUGUAUAAAGAGCAAGAUGUAGCAUAGCUGGAAAACAAGCAUGACUGAGUAUGCUGCUUCAGUAAUUAUGGACACAUAAAAACAAGUUACUAAGUUUCAGAAUAUGGGGUGGACAGUUUACUGACUGGAUGUUUACCAUGUGUAUCUGCACACAGUGAAUAUUGUAAAGCCAAUAGGAAAAAAAUGCUUAUAAAGCCUGAAAUUCCAAAGAUUUUGUAGUAAAAUUCUAUUAUUGGAAAGGCACAUCAGCUAUUUGGAAAGAAGCAGAAGUAUCAUCACUGGUUCUGUUGGUUCCAUUGCACAAAUGGCCAUAAGUAGCUGAAACAAAGCAAGUCGGGAAAAGCAGUUUUACAGAGAGGAGACAAAAAGAAGCUCUUCCAUUUGGUUCACAACCAGAGUUGAGCCAGUGUGCAGUGAGGAGCCAAGUAUUUCUUCCAUGUCUCCCUUUUGGGUGCAGGGCCCCAAGGCUCUGGGCUGCCAACUUCUUUAUAGGCCUCAAACCGAGGCAGGUGAAUUUGAAGAGGAACUGUCAGAAUACUGAUGACUCCCAUAUGCGAUCCAUUCAUUUGUAAGGUUACAAAGGCUCAUUUUAAGUUCUACUUGCACAAAAUUGAUAAUGAUGUUAUCUCCAUUGGGAUUUUCUCAGUUUACCUUUCAUGCA